AUGUUCUGCAAGGCAUCUCUGCUCACCGUCGCUCUGGCGCUCAUCGCUUCUGCGACCCCCAUUGUGAAGCCCGCUGGCAUUCGUAUUCCGAUCCAGAAGCGCAGCAGCUUGACAAAGGCCGAUGGCACGGCUGACCGUGACGCCAUCCUCCGCGAGAGGGUGCGGGUGCAAAACAAGCACCGCAACAACCUGAUCACCAUCGAUCGUAAGAUGGGUCUCGAGAACUACCACGUCGGCGCGCACAUCCCGCCGGUGGCAACGCUCCCGGAGCAUCUCCAGAAGCGUCAGUCCGAGUCCCUAACGGACCAGCAGAGUUCGGAGUGGACCGGUACUGUCACUGUUGGCGGCCAGAGCUUCAUCAUCGACUUCGACACCGGCUCUUCCGACCUCUGGGUCCCGUCCACGGACUGCGACUCUUGCGAAGCCCAGGACACAUAUGACCCAUCUUUGUCCUCGUCCAGCGAGGAGCAGAGCGGCACAUUUUCGAUCUCGUACGGAGAUGGCUCUACUGCCUCUGGUCCCAUCUACACCGACGAUGUAAGCGUUGCUGGCGUCUCCGUCACUGACCAGACAUUCUCUGCUGUAACCAGCGAGAGCGGCAACCUCGUCGGCAGUCCCUCCGACGGCUUGAUGGGCAUGGCUUGGCCCUCUCUGUCCAAGCUCGAUGCCGACCCCUUCUUCUGGACUGCCAUCAGUCAGGGUGUCGUUUCAGAAGGUGUAUUUGGCUUCUACCUGUCGGACAGCGGCUCGGAACUGUACCUCGGUGGCACGGACUCGUCCCUGUACUCUGGUGACCUCGAGUACCACGACCUCGUGUCCUCCGCUGGCUACUGGACGAUUGGCGGCGCGAGCGCCAUUGCCAACGGGCAGACCAUCGUCUCCGACUUCGAGACUAUCAUCGACUCCGGCACGACCCUUAUGUUUGGUCCCACCGACGCGGUCGCGCAGUUCUACUCCGGCAUCGACGGCUCACAGUCACUGGGCGACGGUACGUAUGGUUUCCCGUGCGACUCCUUCCCCACCGUCGCAUUCACCUGGGGAGGCAACACCUUCACGAUCUCGUCGGACGCGUUCAACCUCGGUGACAAUGGCAACGGGAUUUGCCAAGCUGCCCUUGGCGGCGAUGACCUCGGCCUCGGCGACAACGUCUGGCUCCUCGGUGACACUCUGAUGCAGAGCGUUUACACCGCGUUUUCCGUGGACAACAGCGCGGUCGGCUUUGCGAACCUCGCUUGA